AUGGAUUCAAAUGAAACCCAACGACCCAUUGAAAACCAACCACAACCCAAUACAACUCUCCCCUUCACAUCAAAAUUGAAACCCUAUGCGUUCUACUUAUCAUCCAUCCUAAUUCUCAUCCUUGCUAUCUCAUUCAGUUUGACCAAAACAAACUACCUCAAAACCCAGCAGCUGAAGUACACAUUCUCAUCACAGCCCGCCAUUUUUCAAGUUCUGUUUGGCUUUCUUCAACCAAAGCAAAAAACCAAGCAAACCCAGGUACCAAAUCCCAUUUCCAAGCCCCCCUACUGUGUUCUGUGGAUGGCUCCUUUCCUUUCAGGUGGUGGGUACAGUUCAGAAAGCUGGUCAUAUAUUUUAGCCCUUCAUGAACACAGUAAAAACCCAAACUUUAGAAUGGCUAUUGAGCAACAUGGUGAUCUGGAGUCCCUAGAAUUCUGGGAGGGCUUGCCUAAAUAUAUGAAGAACUUGGCAGUUGAGCUUUACCACACACAAUGUAGUAUGAAGGAGACCAUAGUCAUAUGCCACAGUGAGCCUGGUGCUUGGAACCCUCCAUUGUUUGAAACACUCCCUUGCCCACCAACUGCUUACCAAAAUUUCAAGUCGGUGAUUGGCCGGACCAUGUUUGAGACCGAUAGGGUGAAUCCGGAACAUGUGAAGCGCUGUAACCAAAUGGAUUAUGUUUGGGUUCCUACUGAGUUUCAUGUGUCUACAUUUAUACAAAGUGGGGUUGAUAAAUCUAAGGUUGUGAAAAUUGUGCAGCCUAUUGAUGUGAAGUUCUUUGAUCCACUUGAGUAUGAGCCUUUAAAUCUUGCCUCUAUAGGGAAGUUGGCUAUGGGGAAGACAACCCAGAAUUCGAAAGUGAAGAAGAAAUUUGUAUUUAUGAGUAUAUUUAAGUGGGAGUAUAGGAAAGGAUGGGAUGCGUUGUUGAAAUCUUAUUUGGAAGAAUUCAGUGAGGCAGACGGGGUUGCCUUGUAUCUUCUAACAAAUCCUUAUCACUCUGAUAGAGAUUUUGGGAAUAAGAUAGUGGAGUUUGUGGAAAAAUCUGGAAUGCAGAAACCAGUGACUGGUUGGGCUCCAGUUUAUGUGAUUGAUACUCACAUAGCACAGAUUGAUUUGCCACGGGUAUACAAGGCAGCUGAUGCAUUUGUUCUUCCAUCAAGAGGGGAAGGGUGGGGAAGGCCUCUUGUUGAAGCUAUGGCAAUGUCAUUGCCAGUGAUUGCUACGAAUUGGUCAGGGCCAACAGAGUAUCUGACUGAGGAGAAUAGCUAUCCAUUGCCGGUGGAUAGAAUGAGCGACAUAAUGGAAGGGCCUUUCAGAGGGCAUCGCUGGGCAGAACCUUCUGUCAGUAAGCUUCGUGCGCUCAUGAGGCAUGUGCUGAAUAAUGUCGAGGAAGCCAAGGUGAAAGGGGAAAAAGCAAGGGAAGACAUGAUCACAAGGUUCUCUCCUGAGAUCGUUGCAGAUAUCGUUACUAAACAUGUGCAUAAUAUACUUCAGAAAGUGGAUAAGUAG